AUGAAGAGCGUUUCGAGAAAGACCCGGAUGACCGUUGCCGCGGCAACCGCGACAACGAAUGGGGAGCGAGCGCCUCUCCGCGCCUGCGCGCCGGCUGCUCUCGGGGGACGCCCGGCGCUUUCAACCCCUGACGUCAUCGGGAGGCGCCGGCGGGAAGGUCGACGCGCUCCUUCCCUCCCUCUUGGAAAGAUGGCGGCGGCCGCGCUGUGGGGUUGCCGGGUAAGGGGGGACGGGGCGAGGGGGGUGGGGCGCCUUCGUGUGUGUCUUGGGGGGGGGGGCUCCCCACCUUCCUUCCCCAAACCUCCCCGAGCCAGGGCCUGGUAAUUGGACUCAAGCCCCAUUUCGAAGGAAAGCGUGCCCCUGAGCACGUGCAGAGGGCUCUACCGGUCGUGCUGCCGAGGAGAGGCACCGCGAGGAAGGAGGUGGUGCCCCUGCGCAUGUGCAGAGGGGCUCCCCCUCCUUGCCAUUGUUGAGUCGUUUAGUCGUGUCCGCCUCUUUGUGACCCCCUGGACCAGAGCACGCCAGGCACUCCUGUCUUCCACUGCCUCCCACAGUUUGGUCAAACUCAUGCUGGUAGCUUCGAGAACACUGUCCCACCAUCUCGUCCUCUGUCGUCCCCUUCUCCUUGUGCCCUCCAUCUUUCCCAACAUCAGGGUCUUUUCCAGGGAGUCUUCUCUUCUCAUGAGGUGGCCAAAGUACUGGAGUCUCAGCUUCAGGAUCUGUCCUUCCAGUGAGCGCUCAGGGCUGACUUCCUUCAGAAUGGGUAGGUUGGAUCUUCUUGCAGUCCAUGGGACUCUCAAAAGUCUCCUCCAGCACCAGAAUUCAAAAGCAUCAAUUCUUCGGCGAUCAGCCUUCUUUACGGUCCAGCUCUCACUUCCAUACAUCACUACUGGGAAAACCAUAGCUUAAACUAUACGGACCUUUGUUGGCAAGGUGAUGUCUCUGCUUUUUAAGAUGCUGUCUAGGUUUGUCAUUGCUUUUCUCCCAAGAAGCAGGCGUCUUUUAAUUUCGUGGCUGCUGUCACCAUCUGCAGUGAUCAUGGAACCCAAGAAAGUAAAAUCUCUCACUGCCUCCAUUUCUUCCCCUUCUAUUUGCCAGGAGGUGAUGGGACCAGUGGCCAUGAUCUUAGUUUUUUUGAUGUUGAUCUUCAGACCAUAUUUUGCACUCUCUUCUUUCACCCUCAUUAAAAGGUUCUUUAAUUCCUCCUCACUUUCUGCCAUCAAUGUUGUGUCAUCUGCAUAUCUGAGGUUGUUGAUAUUUCUUCCGGCAAUCUUAAUUCCGGCUUGGGAUUCAUCCAGCCCAGCCUUUCGCAUGAUGAAUUCUGCAUAUAAGUUAAAUAAGCAGGGAGAUAAUAUGCAGCCUUGUCAUACUCCUUUCCCAAUUUUGAACCAAUCAGUUGUUCCAUAUCCAGUUCUAACUGUAGCUUCUUGUCCCACAUAGAGAUUUCUCAGGAGACAGAUGAGGUGAUCAGGCACUCCCAUUUCUUUAAGAACUUCCCAUAGUUUGCUGUGGUCGACACAGUCAGAGGCUUUUGCAUAGUCAAUGAAGUCAAUGAAGCAGAAGUAGAUGUCUUUCUGGAACUCUGUAGCUUUCUCCAUAAUCCAGCGCAUGUUUGCAAUUUGGUCUCUGGUUCCUCUGCCUCUUCUAAAUCCAGCUUGCUCCUUGCCAUAGCUGUCAACUUUUCCCUUUUCUUGCGAGGAAUCCUAUUCGGAAUAAGGGAAUUUCCCUUAAAAAAAGGGAAAACGUUGACAGCUAUGCUCCUUGCUGCUUCGUCCCGCAUGCUCGUUUGACUCACAACCCCAUAGCCCCUGAGCACGUGCAAAGGGCCCUCCCAUCCUUCCGUUGAGACGGUGCUGCUAAGGAACAAACAGACCCUCUUUCUGUUGAGAAGUUUGGGCCCCAUGAGAAAGGGGAGGGGAGAGACCCCUGAGUUCCCCUCUCUUUUGCUUUUCCUUGAGGAUUUUUCUUCCGGCUCCCUGACAAAGGGGAGGGGAGCUGCUGAGCAUGUGCAGAGUACCUCUCAUUCCUUUUGCCGAAUACUUCCAUAUUAAAAAGUAAUACUGGUCUGUAUUAUUUAAAACACAUUAGGAAGAGCAUGCCAUUGAGCGUGUUCAGAGUGCCUUUUUAAAAAUAAUUUAAAAAGCACACACACCCAUCCAGUGUUAAAGAUGAGAACUCUCUCUCCCUCUAUAUUUUUAAUGUAUUUUUAAAUCUCUUGUUGGAAGCUGCCCAGAGUGGCUGGGGAAACCCAGUCAGAUGGGCAGGAUAUAAGUAAUAAAUUGUUGUUGUUGUUAUUUUAUUGGAGGUGAAGACAAAUACAGCCCCCUCACCUAUUCCUUUAAAAAAUUAACUACUGGGUCUCAUGUGGCUGAUUGUUUCUGUUAGGGAAAAGUAAUGGUAAUGGGGUUUGGAGGCUUGGCCUCUUUGCUAUCCAUCCCUCAACAAGCCUGUUUUGCAAGCACUAUUAAACAAGAGCACCUUAUCUUUCUCCUCCUAGAAAUGCCUUUUAAAUGUAUGGCUUGUAUCCGGACGAAGCUCAGGCCCCUUGCACCAUGUUUUCCUCGUGCAUCGAACUGGCAGACCUGCACUGGAGCUGUACCAGGUAUGCUUUGCAAAUCAAACCUUUUUGUGCAUAACUGUAGUGGAGGCAGUUGCUGAGAGUUGGGCAUUGCAGAGCAAGAACUGCCAGGCUGGGAGGGAGGGAGGAACCCUCCCCCAAGAGCAGUAAAUAAACACUCUGACUGGCAGCAUCUCUCUAGGCUUUUAAACAAUGGAUCUUUCCUACCUGGAUAUUGGACCUAGGACCUGUUGCAUGCAAGAUAGAUGCUCUGCAAUUGAGCUAUGGCCCUUCCUUUUAGAAAAAAGUAAGAUUCCAGACCUCGUACUUCUGAAUAAAAGGGCCAAUUUGAAAAGGAAGUUGCUUUACACUGUUAACGCCAGAAAACUUCUCUUUAGGCUCGAUGUUCCUCCUCCGGAGGCCGGAAAGGUUUUAUCUCCGGCUUUGUGGAGAAUAUUAAGCAGGAGCUGGCCAAAAACAAGGAGAUGAAGGAAAGUAUUAAAAGGUUCAGAGACGAAGCGAAGAAGUUGGAAGAGUCGGAGGCCCUGCAGGAAGCGAGGCGGAAAUACGUGAGUCUGUUUCCUUCAUGCAGUUGAGGCUUGAUUUCUCUGGUGCGUUUCUCUUCCUCUUCCUGGGAGUUGCAGACCAGAGCAAAAGAGAAUAAUAAUAAUAAUAAUAACAUAUGAUUUAUACCCCGCCCAUUUGGCUGGGCUUCCCCAGCCACUCUGGGCGGCUUCCCAAAAAAUAUCAAAAUACUGUAAUACAUCAAACAUUAAAAGCUUCCCUAAACAGGGCUGCCUUCAGAUGUCUUCUAAAAGUCUGGUAGUAGUUGUUCUCUUUGACAUCUGGUGGGAGGGCAUUCCACAGGGAGGGUGCCACUACCGAGAAGGCCCUCUGUCUGGUUCCCUGUAACUUGGCUUCUCGCAGUGAGGGAACCUCCAGAAGGCCCUCGGUGAGGGUGGGAGUUGUGUAGUCCAGGGACACAUUUUGUUGUUGUUUAGUCGCUUAGUCGUGUCCGACACUUCGUGACCCCCUGGACCAGAGCAUGCCAGGCACUCCUGUCUUCCACUGCCUCCCGCAGUUUGGUCAAACUCAUGCUGGUAGCUUCAAGAACACUGUCCCACCAUCUCGUCCUCUGUCGUCCCCUUCUCCUUGUGCCCUCCAUCUUUCCCAGCAUCAGGGUCUUUUCCAGGGAGUCUUCUCUUUUCAUGAGGUGGCCAAAGUACUGGAGCCUCAGCUUCAGGAUCUGUCCUUCUAGUGAGCACUCAGGGCUGAUUUCCUUCAGAAUGGAGAGGUUUGAUCUUCUUGCAGUCCAUGGGACUCUCAAGAGUCUCCUCCAGCACCAGAAUUCAAAAGCAUCCAUUCUUCGGCGACCAGCCUUCUUUAUGGUCCAGCUCUCACUUCCAUACAUCACUACUGGGAAAACCAUAGCUUUUACUAUACGGACCUUUGUUGGCAAGGCGAUGUCUCUACUUUUUAAGUACACAGGGACACAUGGGCUGCAUCAAUAACAUGUAGCAGCUCAAAUGGCCACAGUGCUCUACAUGAAUUUUCUUGGAAGUCCAGACACUUCACAUUAGCUGUUUUUAUAAUCCUUCAUCGUGUUAAUUCCUGUAUUGUGUUGGGCUCACCCAAAGUCCUGCUUAUGUCCACAGGGAGCCAGGGAUUUCCUGGUUAGCAGUGCAGCUUUCUAGUGGCUCAGCUCCACAGGCGCUUCUGAUUGAUAGGAGAGAAAGGCAUUGUUUCAAAGUAAUGUCUCCUUCUGCACUGAGUCAUAGGGGCUUAUAUUAGAGUUGAGGGGUCUUAGCUCAGCCUUGUAAAUUGGCCUGUACUAUUGCGUCCAAGGGAUGCGGGUGGCGCUGUGGGUUAAACCACAGAGCCUAGGACUUGCCGAUUAGAAGGUCGGCAGUUUGAAUCCCUGUGACGGGGUGAGCUCCCGUUGCUCGGUCCCUGCUCCUGCCAACCUAGCAGUUCAAAAGCACGUCAAAGUGCAAGUAGAUAAAUAGGUACCACUCCGGCGGGAAGGUAAACGGCGUUUCCCUGCGCUGCUCUGGUUUGCCAGAAGCGGCUUAGCCCUGCUGGCCACAUGACCCGGAAGCUGUACGCUGGCUCCCUCGGCCAAUAAAGCGAGAUGAGCACCGCAACCCCAGAGUCGGCCACGACUGGACCUAAUGCUCAGGGGUCCCUUUACCUUUACUAAAAAGGAGACAGGGAAGACAUCCAUCCCGAUUGGUCGUUACAAGAACAUACAAUGCAAUACAGCCACAGGAUACUUUGGUAAAAUAAUAAUAGACGAUAAUAAGAGGGAGAGUUUGAUUCGCUUCUGUUGUCUUGCCUUCCGCUGCAGAAAACAAUAGAGUCUGAGACAGUCAAGACCUCUGAAGUCCUUAAAAAGAAAUUUGGAGAAAUCACAGACACUGUCAAAGACGUAAGUAUGUGUUCGUAUAUGAUGGAUAUUUAGGGUUAUGUCUGGUGUUGCUUAUAUUUCAGAGCAGACCCGCUGAAAUGAAUGGGCAUGGCUAACGGAGGUCCAUACAUUUCCACAGGUCUGCCUUCGAACGAGACUUAGUUGGCUACAGCUCUUCAGCUCCUGGUUUUGUUUUACAUUUCUGACUAUUCCCUGUCCCAGAGAUUGGGGAGGGGAAGUAUCAAAGGGAGAUAACAAGGAAGGCUGGAAUGAGAAAACGCAGGCAGCGUCUGCAAGAAAUGGUUGGGAGUGUGAAGUCACCUGCUGAGGGUGCCCGCCAGUCAGUUGUGCCCUUUCCCUUCCUCUCCAUUUUCUUCCUUCCCACUCGCCUGCCCCUCCCACAGUUGGUCGGAUUUCUGUGCUGCUUACAUUUUCAGUUUUCAUUGAAACGUUUUAGAGCCACAUGGACCUUUUCUGGUAAUAAUAAUAAUAAUAAUAAUAAUAAUAAUAAUAAUAAUUUAUUAUUUGUACCCUGCCCAUCUAGCUGGGUUUUCCCAGCCACUCUGGGCAGCUUCCACAAAGACCCUAAAUACACUAAGAUGUCACACAUUAAAAACUUCCCUGUCAGGUAGUUGUUUAUCUCUUUGACAUCUGAUGGGAGGGCGUUCCACAGGGCGGGUGCCACCACCGAGAAGGCCCUCUGCCUGGUUCCCUGUAACUUCACUUCUUGCAGUGAGGGAACCGCCAGAAGGCCCUCGGCGCUGGACCUCAGCGUCUGGGCAGAACGAUGGGGGUGGAGACGCUCCUUCAGGUAUACUGGGCCGAGUAUAUCUGGUAGUUCAGCAAGCCUCAGGUUUUAUGUAAUCAUUUACAGUGGUAUCUCGGGUUACAUACACUUCAGGUUACAUACGCUUUCGCUAACCCAGGAAUAGUGCUUCAGGUUAAGAACUUUGCUUCAGGAUGAGAACAGAAAUCGUGCUCCGGAGGCAUGGCGGCAGCGGGAGGCCCCAUUAGCUAAAGUGGUGUUUAAGGUUAAGAACAGUUUCAGGUUAAGAACGGAACGAAUUAAGUACUUAACCCGAGGUACCACUGUAUUGCAUUGAUAAUCUCACUUUUUCUCUGAGAAACCCAAAGUGGCCUUCCUAGUUCCUCUCUCCUCACCCCACAUUUUAUCCUCACAACAGCUCUCUGAGGUAGGUUAGGCUAAGAGACUGUAACUGGCCCGGGAUCACUCCAUGAGUUUGAUGACGGAGCGGGGGAUUUGAAUCUGGGUCUGCAACACUAUCGUGGCAAUGCUAUUGAGUUCACCACGAACCAUAGCAAUUGUUUCAACGGAUUUCUUGUUUGAUUUAUAUGCUGUUGUGUUUGGUAUUUCAGCGGCCUUAUUUUUGUUGUUGUUCGUUUGGCGGUAUUGUGAUGAUUGUGAGCCGCUUUGAGCCCAGAAUUGGUUGUUGGGGGAAAAGCAGAAAGCAAAUAUUAAACCGACUCGCUGCGCAAGGAGUGUGCCGGAUCCCUGUUGUGCUUGGAUGGUAGUGCUUUCGCUAGCUGAGGAUGCUGGCUGUAAAGGCUGUGGCAGAUUGCAGAGGUGGAAAAUUGACGUUUGAAGUAAAAUGAGCACAAGGAAGUGAUUCUCAUAUGCUGCUCAGAAUUAUGUUUUGUGUAGAGCUGGGCGGUAUUGCAAUUAAUUGCCCGAAACCGGUAUGACGGUCAAACCGCAAUACAGUGGUACUUCGGGUUACAUACGCUUCAGGUUACAUACACUUCAGGUUACAUAUGCUUCAGGUUACAUAUGCUUCAUGUUACAGACUCCGCUAACCAGAAAUAGUACCUCGGGUUAAGAACUUUGCUUCAGGAUGAGAACAGAAAUCGUGCUCCGGUGGCGUAGCGGCAACAGGAUGCCCCAUUAGCUAAAGUGGUGCUUCAGGUUAAGAACAGUUUCAGGUUUAGAAUGGACCUCCGGGACGAAUUAAGUUCUUAACCUGAGGUACCACUGUACUGCUUUCAGACUGAGCUAGUGAUAUGUUGCAGCUCCAUGGCUGCUGCAAGCACAGCGUAUCUCACUCCAAUCUGCUUGCCUGCCAGCAUUGUGCUAGCAGCAGUCGGAAAGCCAUGAUAUAUCGCCGGCUCAAAUUGCCUUGCUCAGCUGAGAGGCGGGCGGCAGCGUUAGAAACUGAUAUAUGAAAGCUAGGAGCUAAAUUGCACCUUAAAACCUAGGUUAUGGGCGCAACAACGGAACAUCUAGGUGCACUUUUUUAAUAACAAAAAUACAAAGCUGAAAAUGAAUGAACUGCAGUUAAAAUAUUAUGUUCAUUUUUCACACCGUCUAGGUCCAUAGGUAGGCAAACUAAGGCCUGGGCGCUGGGUCCGGCCCAAUCGCCUUCUCAAUCCGGCCCACGGAUCGUCCGGGAAUCAGCAUGUUUUUACAUGAGUAGAAUGUGUCCUUUGAUUUAAAAUGCAUCUCUGGGUUAUUUGCGGGGCCUGCCUGGUGUUUUUACAUGAGUAGAAUGUGUGCUUUUAUUUAAAAUGCAUCUCUGGGUUAUUUGUGGGGCAUAGGAAAUCGUUCAUUUUUUCCUUCAAAAUAUAGUCUGGCCCCCCACAAGGUCUGAGGGACAGCGGACCGGCCCCCUGCUGAAAAAGUUUGCGGACCCCUGGUCUAGUCCUUCCCCUGCCCGUCCCCCCAAUAUUCUUGAGAGGGUCUCUUCUCCAGUCUUCAGAGAGUAGCUGGAAGUGGGGAGGCAGAAAAAGGUCCUCCUUUCCUUCCAUUUUGCAGUUUUAAUCUGAAAUCUUAGGUGUGGUGUUACACCCAGGGCUCAUAAACUGCUUGCGCUAAUGGAAAUCCCUGUUGCAAAAUGCUCCCAGAAUUUCAGACAUUGUGAUAUAUCGGUACAUUGUGAUAUUUAGCUGCUGAUGUAUCACGAUGCUGAAAAGCAGAUGCUGCCUGGCCUAGUUUUGUGAUGUGUAUUUGGGAACACUGUACAUUGCCUGCAUUUCUCAAACGUUGGGACUAUGAUUAAUGCUUAAGCUGCAGAAAGAUGUAUUGUCUGCUGUAAUACUUGGGUUCAGCUGUUUCACUUGUGGCCAUUCUUUUCAGUUCACCCAGGGGGGCGAAAUUUGUUCGCUUUCGUUGACGCUCGAUUGUCACUGGCACACCUGUGAAUAACCUGUGCUUCUGGAAUUACUUACCUGUGUGGUGCAGUGGUUAAGAGCGGCCGUCUCGUAAUCUGGUGAACCGGGUUCGAUUCCCCGCUCCUCCACAUGCAGCUGCUGGGUGACCUUGGGCCAGUCACACUUCUCUGAAGUUUCUCAACCCCACUCACCUCACAGAGUGUUUGUUGUGGGGGAGGAAGGGAAAGGAGAAUGUUAGCCGCUUGGAGACUCCUUAGGGUAGUAAUAAAGUGUGACUUUGGGUUAGUCACACUUCUCUGAAGUCUCUCAGCCUGUUUGACAGUGGGAGGAAAACCCUCGGAAGGCGGUCGACUCUCCUUCCUUGGAGGUUUUUCAGCACAGCUUGGACGGCCACUUGCCAUGGGUUCUUGAGUUGGGAUUCCUGCAUUGCAGGGGGUUGGACUACAUGACCCUUGGGGUCCCUCACAACUCUACAGUUCUAGGAUGCUAUGAUUUAAAGUGCAUCCAGUGAGCAUUUAAAGCACAUGAUGUCCCCCAGAUGAUCCUGGGCAUUGGAGAUUCCCUCUCAGAGAGGCCAGUGUGGUGCAGUGGUUAAGAGCGGUAGUCUCGUAAUCUAGGGAACCGGGUUCGCUUCCCCGCUCCUCCACAUGCAGCUGCUGGGUGACCUUGGGCCAGUCACACUUCUCUGAAGUCUCUCAGCCCCACUCACCUCACAGAGUGUUUGUUAUGGGGGAGGAAGGGAAAGGAGAUUGUUAGCCGCUUGGAGACUCCUUAGGGUUAUAAAGCGGGAUAUCAAAUCCAAACUCUUCUUCUUCUUCUUCUGUCUUGCAUACCAGUGGCGUACUAGUAUAUAGAAGAUGGAAAAUUAUAUAUAUAUUUGGGAGCUCACCAUUAGUAGGGUGAAGGCUGCUGUUUGAUGGGGCUCGUGCCCCUGUGUCCCCCUCUUUGGGCAUGCCUCGUUUAAGGGCUUCUUUCCCUUUGGCUGCAGAGCCUCGACGAAGUCAGUAAGAGCGAUAUCGGCCGGAAGAUAAAGGAAGGUAUGGAAGAAGCCACCAAAACCGCGAAGCAGUCUGCGGAAUCGGUCACCCGAGGAGGAGAGAAGCUGGGACGGACAGCAGCGUUCAAGGCCAUUUCCCAGGUACGCUGUUCUCUGCCUGUGGCAGGCUGCCGCCUUACUCCCAAGUCAUCAUCAUCCUUUUUAUUCGACCGUCAGUCAGAAAAGAGUACAUUUUGUCAAUACACAGUUAAAAACAUCCAGGAAGAUUUUAAAACUUAGCCAACACUAAAAUGGGCUAAACAGAUAGCCCCAUAUCGAUACAGUCAAUUAUAGUCUUGCGACGCUUAAAAGCUAAGAAAAGAAAUUUGGCCACCGAGGAAGGUAUAGCUCUAGUGGCGUUAUUCAGCAAGUGUAAAACCUGGUUUUCUCCGGGUAGGAAGCUGAAUUGACAUAGGAGUGGGUCUAUAAAAUUUUGUCUAAGCUCUGCAUAAGAAGGGCAAGUCAAGAGAAUGUGUUCGGUGGACUCAACCACCCCCAUGGCACAAUGACAAGUUCUCUGGGCGUAUGGUACUCCCCUGUACCUUCCCCACAAUACCGCAGAGUCAAGGACAUUUAAUCUAGCCGCUGUAAGAAGUCUACGGUAUUCCACAUAGUGGAUUUCUGCAAGGUAGGGGGCUGGUAUGGUCCGAUAAAUCUGGUCCCCUAGGAACAUCCCUGGUUUUACCUGGGCUAUGUCCUCUUGUCUGGCAAUGUCACUCAGUCUCCGGGAGAUCACAGCUCUAGCUUGAUUGUACGUCAUAGACUCGAAGUAAAGGAGAGACAAUCCGCAGGAUUGAACCUCAUUAAUGACCUCCCUUUCCCACGAUGAUUGGAAAUCGUCCCUCAAUAUCAAGGGGGCAAUACCCACUGGUUUAAAACAAAGCUUGUUACUCCCAAGUAAGGCCAUCUAUACCUGGUGUUAACAGAUAUCCUCGCUUAGUGCAUGGGUAACGUGACUGCCGAUUAGGUGUGCUGUAAGAGACCGUAUUUUUCGCUCUCUAAGACACACUUUUUCCCUCCUAAAAAGUAAGGGGAAAUGUGUCUUAUGGAGCGAGUGCAGGCUGCGCAGCAAUCCCUCUUGCUGUUCUGGCUUCAGGGAUAGGCGUGCAAAGUCUCUUCCAACAACAUUUGAUUCAGAAUAUUUUUUUCUUGUUAUCCUCCUCUUAAAACUAGGUGCGUCUUAUGGUCUUAUAGAGCGAAAAAUACAGUAGAUUGCUCCCUGCAUUCACACAGCAGGCCGUUUUUUAGGCAGGUCCCGCUUUGGGAACACGGUGUGUUCCCAGGAAGAGGUGUUCGACGGAAAGGGCGCCACCACCGAAAAGGCCCUCUGUCUGGUUCCCUGUACCCUCACCUCCCGCAGGGAGGGAACUACCAGAAGACCCUGGGAGAUGGACCUCAGUGUCCGGGCUAGAUGAUGGGGGUGGAGACGCUCCUUCAGGUAUACAGGACCGAGGCCGUUUAGGGCUUUAAAGGUCAGCACCGACACUGCAAUUUGGGCUCUGAAACGUACUGGGAGCUAGUGUAGGUCUUUCAAGACCGGUGUUAUGUGGUCCCAGCGGCCGCCUCAAGUCACCAGUCUAGCUGCCGCAUUCUGGAUUAGUUGUAGAGUUAAUUGUCACCCUUGUUACAGAGAGGCUUGGCUGUCCUACACCAGAGACAGCGCCUUCAGUUUCCCCCUGCGUAACGCUCUUUUAGCAGACAUCACACAGAGGCAUAUUUGCUUCUUAGUGUUGGACAUCCCUGGAACAUGUCUGAAAUGUCCACCUGGGCUGCCACUCAUUUUAAUGUUUCCCCUGCUCUGCUUUCAGCGUUUUUUUCUACCUUCUCGUUUUUAUUUUCCUGCACCCUGCCCUGAUGUGAGGGCUACAUCACAGUAUGAUGAGCAGAGGCAGAUCAGCAGCUACAUCAGAGGCACUGGAUUAAAAAAAAAAGAAAUGCAGAUCUUACUUAACAUCACUUGUAGGGUUACAAGAAGUUUUGUAAGGAGGAUUUUAUAAAUUAUUGUGAAAAGGAUUAAGAUUAGCUGAUGUAAGAUUGGAUUUAUAGUAAUAAGCAUGGUACCAGGGACACGGGUGGCGCUGUGGGUUAAACCACAGAGCCUAGGGCUUGCCGAUCAGAAGUUUGGCGGUUCGAAUCCCCGCGACGGGGUGAGCUCCCGUUGCUCGGUCCCUGCUCCUCCCAACCUAGCAGUUCGAAAGCACGUCAAAGUGCAAGUAGAUAAAUAGGUACCGCUCCAGCGGAAAGGUAAAUGGCGUUUCUGUGCGCUGCUCUGGUUCGCCAGAAGCGACUUAGUCCUGCUGGCCACAUGACCCGGAAGCUGUACGCCGGCUCCCUCGGCCAGUAAAGCGAGAUGAGCGCCGCAACCCCAGAGUCGGCCACGACUGGACCUAAUGGUCAGGGGUCCCUUUACCUUCACCUUUACAGUCAUACCUUGGGUUACAGACGCUUCAGGUUGCGUUUUUUCAGGUUACGGACACGCCAAAACCCGGAAGUACUGGAACAGGUUACUUCCGGGUUUCGGCGGUUACGCAUGCGCAGAAGCGCUGAAUUGCAACCCGCGCAUGCGCAGACGUGCCGCUGCGGGUUGCGAACGUUCCUCCCACAUGGAUCACAUUCGCAACCUGAGCAUCCGCUGUCAUAAGCAAAAUUAGAAAGAAAUUUAGAAAACCAUUAGAAGGGCUUGAAGGAAGUCUUAGGCUGCGAUAGCCAAAGAUUUGUCAUGUGGUUUCGGAGUUGUUAUGUUGGAAAGUUUGUGCAAAAAUCAAUAACAAUUAUUUAAAAAGAAGAAGAACAGAAAUGCAGAUCUAUUUAAAUUUUUUUAAAGCCAGCCAAAGCAGGAAAGGGCUUUUUUCGGGCCGCACAGUGAAACACCAGGGCGGUUGUGGUUGGUUGACGGGGUGGACAAAUGCACCCUCCGGGGUUGGGUUUGCCAACUCAGGUGUUCUCUGUCCAGUUACUCCCAGAGUCUGCGGGACUCCUGCCCUCUCCGCUGUAACCGCCUCUUGCUCUUCCAGGGCGUGGAGACGGUCAAGAAAGAGAUCGACGAAAGUGUCCUGGGCCAGACGGGGCCUUACAAGCGGCCGGAGAGGCUCCGGAAGCGGACAGAGUUUGCUGGCGAGAGGCUGAAGGAAGAGAGGAUAUUUGAAGCCAACGAGUGAGUGAUGGCUGGGAAGGGGGUGCGGUUUGCAGGGGUGUCUGGGUGCUGCCUGUUGCUUCCCUGGAGGCAGAAGCCUGGCGGCGUGCAGUAGAGGAUGGGGGUCGAUGGAGGCCGGGGGCAAGCUCUGGACCCUAGUAUUGCUCUGACAGGGUCUUUGCUAGGAGCCCCUCUGUUACGGCUGCUGCUGGUCGUGGUAGGCAAGGCUGAAACGGAUGGAUGGGGGCUGUGACUUGUUGAAGGAGCAUCUCCACCCCCAUCGUUCUGCCCGGACGCUGUGGUCCAGCGCCGAGGGCCUUUUGGCGGUUCCCUCAUUGCGAGAAGCAAAGCUACAGGGAACCAGGCAGAGGGCCUUUUCGGUAGUGGCGCCCGCCCUGUGGAACACCCUCCCAUCAGAUGUCAAAGAGAUAAACAACUGCCUGACAUUCAGAAGACAUCUUAAGGCAGCCCUGUGUGACAUCUUAGUGUAUUUUUGGUAUUUGUGGAAGCCACCCAGAGUGGCUGGGGAAACCCAGCCAGAUGGGCGGGGUACAAAUAAUAAGUUGUUGUUAUUAUUAUUAUUAUUAUUAUUAUUAUUAUUGAAAAGCAGCUCCUCUCAGGGUGGGAAGAAGCUCAAGUGCUUUGCGUAGAGAAAGCCCCAGGUCCAGUCUCUGGCACUUUAUUUAUUUAAUCUGCACACCGCCCCUAAACCCGCAAGGCUCAGGUUCACAGCAUAAAAUCACAAUGUUAAAACAUAAAAUGCAUAUUAUGUACUUAAACAGAUCCUGCAAUUGUCUAAGGGGCCCUGCUCCAUGUGCCACCUCCUUGAGAGGUCCGGAGGGCGGCAACACGAGAACAGGACCUUUUAUGUGGUGGCUCCCCGUCUGUGGAAUUCCCUCCCCAGGGUGGCUCACCUGGUGCCUUUAUUAUACACUUUUAGGCACCAGGCAAAAGCAUUCCUUUUCAACCAGGCUGAUUGACAUCCAAUGCCCCUUUUAAAACGUGUUGGGGGUAAGGAAGGGAUUAUUGGGCUGCUCUCGUUUUUUUUAUUUUUGCUAUGCACGUUGUGCUUUUCCAUUGUGCUUUAUGCUACGAACCGCCCUGAGACCUGCAGGUAUAGGGGGUAUGGAAAUUUAAAAAUAAUAAUAAUAAUAAUUUUAUUCCUCCCUCCCCUUCAUUGGCUCCUCCCCUUCUUCCAGGGAGGCGAUGGGCGUUGUACUCCACAAGGACUCCAAAUGGUACCAGCAGUGGAAGGAGUUCAAGGACAACAACGUGGUGUUCAACCGUAAGCGGCGCCUGCAGGGAGAGCUCCUCCCCGUGUCUUCUCCCCUGCUUGGUCCUGUAAACGCAGGCUGAGUUAGGCAGGGCCCAGUGCCAUGCGUGAGGGAGGCAAGUGUCUCCACCCCCAGCGUUCAGCCCGGACACUGAGGUCCAGCUCCGAGGGCCUUCUGGCGGUUCCCUCACUGCAAGAAGUGAGGUUACAGGGAACCAGGCAGAGGGCCUUCUCAGUGGUGGGGCCCUCCCUGCGGGAAAUUCCCUUAUUCCAGCACUGCUUCCCGUUGCUAUCCCAGAUUGUUAGAUAUCCCGUAGGCUGUCCCCGGGACAGGUGAGGCUGCUGAUCCCUUAUUUUCAAAUCUGAAAGCUGACAGACGUGCCUCCGUUGGCUCCCAGUACAUUUCUGAGCACAAUUCAAAGUGUUGGUGCUGACCUUGAAAGCCCUAAAUGGCCUCGGUCCUGUAUACCUGAAGGAGCGUCUCCAUCUCCAUCGUCCAGCCCGGACACUGAGGUCCAGCACCGAGGGCCUUCUGGCAGUUCCCUCCCUGCGAGAAGUGAGGUAACAGGGAACUAGGCAGAAGGAUUUCCUGGUAGUGACGCCCUCCCUGUGGAACGCCCUCCCAUCAGAUGUCAAGGAAAUAACUCUCUGACUUUUAGAAGACAUCUGAAGGCAGCCCAGUUUAGGGAAGUUUUAUCGUGUUUUUAAUAUUCUGUUGAGAGCUGCCCAGAGUAGCUGGGGAAACCCAGCCAGAUGGGCGGGAAAUAAGUAAGUAAGUAAGUAAGUAAGUAAGUAAGUCAGGCCUCAUUGGGCCUCUUCACCUAGAGGAAUGCCCCCAUGCAGAGUGGAUUUUUUUGGGGUGGUGGUGGAGGGAAUGGGGCUGAGGCCGCUGCUGAUUCUGUCCCCCUCCCCACAGGGUUCUUUGAAAUGAAAAUGAAAUACGACGAGAGCGACAAUGCCAUCAUCCGGGCCUCUCGUGUUGUGACGGACAAGGUGACAGACUUCAUCGGUGAGUCUCUGUCCUUCCCUUUCCCCUUCAAGUGCCGCUGGCUGGCCCUAUAGGGACGCGGGUAGUGCUGUGGUCUAAACCCCUGAGCCUCUUGGGCUUGCCGAUCGGAAAGUCGGUGGUUCAAAUCCCUGCGACGAGGUGAGGUGAGCUCCCGUUGUUCCGUCCAACCAGUAGUUCGAAAACAAGUAGAUCAAUAGGUACCACUGUGGCGGGAAGGUAAGUGGCGUUUCCAUGCUCUCUGGUUUCCGUCACGGUGUCCCGUUGUGCCAGAAGCGGUUUAGUCCUGCUGGCCACAUGACCCGGAAAGCUGUCUGUGGACAAACACUGGCUCCCUUGGCCUGAAAGCGAGAUGAGCGCCACUACCCCAUAGUCGCCUUUGACUGGACUUAACCGUCCAGGGGUCCUUUACCUUUUACCUUUGCCAUCAGGUCUCCGUAUGGUUCGCAAAGUACGGUAAAUGGCUCUCCACCCCCCCUCUCUGCACAGAACUCCCUCUCUGACUAGAGUUGAAGCUCUGGGGCUGACGAGACCGGAGGGUGGGUGGAAAGGAAGCUGCGGCUGUUGCGCUACCCCACGUUUCAGCUGCUAGACGGCAGGGAGGCUGAGCAGUGUAAACAAAGCCCCAUGGCGCGUCCAGUCCCUUUGGGGCUUCCUCUGCCCUCACUGACUUACUCUCCGGACUCCAGGAGGGUCUCCUCAUGAGCCACAAGGACUCUCAAGCUCUCUCCCGCCAUUUCCCGGUUCAAACCUAUCUAUCUGUUUCCCAGUAAUGCACAUUGUCGACUGCUCAUAAGUGGGAUGAUGCCUGUAUUGCAUUGUGGUUUAGCGGUUGAAGUGUUGUCUAGGCACCUGUAGGAAGAAGCCCACUUGUGUCUCUCUCUGGCUUCUUCCAGAUGCCGCGCACAGGGUUUCUCCCCUCCAUCCCAUGGUCUUAAGGACUAACAGCUUGGUUUUUCACGGCAUAGGGAAGCAAAGCUGAGAGUUUUGGAUCGCUGAGUGAUUCUUCUGUUAGGAUAUAGUUCCGUUCCACCUUAGAAGAAACAGGCAUGACUGUUGUGUGUCACACGCCUGCUUACUUCCAGCACAGUCUGCUGGGAACUUCCGUUUGUAUAUGGCUUUUGCUAUCCGGUUGUUUGCUUGGACACGAAGCAGACAUGUUUCUUCCUUUGUUCCUGAACUAUGCUGAAUAAAGGUAAAGGUAAAGAGACCCCUGACCAUUAGGUCCAGUCGUGGCCGACUCUGGGGUUGCGGCGCUCAUCUCGCUUUACUGGCCGAGGGAGCCGGCGUACAGCUUCCGGGUCACGUGGCCAGCAUGACUAAGCCGCUUCUGGCGAACCAGAGCAGUGCACGGAAACGCCGUUUACCUUCCCACUGGAGCGGUACCUAUUUAUCUACUUGCACUUUGACGUGCUUUCGAACUGCUAGGUUGGCAGGAGCAGGGACCGAGCAGCAGGAGCUCACCCCAUUGCGGGGAUUUGAACCGCCGACCUUCUGAUCGGCAAGUCCUAGGCUCUGUGGUUUAACCCGCAGCGCCACCCGCGUCCCUUAUUGUGCUGAAUAAACGCCUGUAAAUAAUGCUUACUCAUGUCUCUGUCCGCCACUUCCAUUGUGAAGAUUUAUUCACACUGCUGAUAAGAGUGUGUCAGGUCUCUACAGGUCCCUGAGGCUUGUGUCGCUGAUUGAUGCUGUUCCGAAAACCGGAGUUCGCCCGGCUGCCGGCCGGUGGCUGGAGCCAGCUGGGGGGGCCUGUCAAAUGCCCCCGUCUCCCCAGACGCAUCCCAACAUCUUCACCCAUCCCUUUGGCCCCACAAAUAAGCCCUUGCUUAAAGUCGAGGCCUCCUGAAGCCCUGGCCCUUUUUCUCACACACCCCCAACGUCACUCUGAAUCCCCUCCAAAUGCCAACCCUCUGUUGCCUCUGAUUGUAUCGGCAGGCGGGCUGUUCUCCAAGACUGAAAUGUCGGGGGUCCUGACCGAGAUCCUCCGCGUCGACCCAAACUUCGACAAGGACCGCUUCCUCAAGCAGUGCGAGGACGACAUCAUCCCCAACAUCCUAGAGGCAGGUCUGGGGUGCGGGUGGGGAGAGACGGCUGGGGUGCAAGGGUGUCUUGUGUGCCUAAGCAGCGAGGGAGGGGUGGGUCGCUUAAAGGCAGCAAUGUGGGAAGUGGCCCUGGCAUCACAGCUGUUAAAACAGAGAAAUCCGAGGGCUCCCUUGGACAAAAACAAAGACACCAACCAGGAUAACUUGGAGCAAAACAGCAGCCUGUAGGCUUGGCCUUUAUUGGAUACUGUCGCGACAGGACUCCCACCCGCAACAAGAUGAAGCAAAAUGGAAGUCCAGAACAAAAGAAGACCCCAACUUUUAUUAGUUACAAAUCCCCCAAACUACACCCCUAUGACUACAUCACAACUACGGCACAACCACAUCACAAAAAGGAGGGGUUGAGGGAGGAGUUGUGGAGGUAACCUGAGUAUCUUGUCACCUGGCUGGUUCCUCCUUUCCCCCCUCCCCAUGAGUACUUUCCAGGUGACAGAGGGGAGUUUGCAGUUUCCUGCCCCCAAAGGGAAGAGCUGAUCAUUGUCCUUUGUUCCAGUCCGCGCUGAAUCCACUCCUAUAUGCAAGUUCUUGUGACCUUGAUGGUCUUCUGUCUGGGACCAUCAGGGUUGGCGUAGCAACUGGGCAGGGCCUCAAGGGAUGCUCAAGGGAUUAUGGCUGCCCUGUAUCAAACCUUCCCCAUUUUGUAGUCCUUCCUUCAUGGAGUAAAAUAAAAGUGGAACAGUGCAGAUCCGAUGUAUGGUUGAUUUUCUAUGAAUUUAUAACAGAAGCGUAGUGUGUGUUGUCAAAUUUGUACAAACUGAAUGAUGGGGGGGGGGCGGUUUUCCUGUGACACAGCAGAAAGAGAGAGAGUCAACUGAUGGCUUUCAGGAAGGUGUCCAAGUCCAGAGAAAGGAGGGGUGAGGCAGGAUCUUUCUCUAUUCAUUUUUAUUUAUUUAUUGAAUUUAUAUACCACCCUAUACCCGGAGGUCUCGGGGCAGUUCAAAGGAACGAAAACAAUCUCUGUCUGGAGUCAGGGCCCAGGAGCCAGAGGCUGGCUGGCUUUUCCCUGUCUUUCCGGCAUCUGUGCUCUCCUGCAGUUACACAAGCACAGUAAAACAGCAAAAGCAAAACAUAAAAAAACACCUUAAGCUGAAAGUGCUGUCCUUGCCCAAUGGAACUGAUACAUACGAGAAGGAAAGGGUCCCUUGCAAGGAAUUAGAGGACAAGAGGGAAUGGCAGGGGGUUGUACUUUUAGGUGUGUUUUUAAUAUUCUGUUGGGAGUCGCCCGGAGUGGCUGGGGAAGACCCAGCCAGAUGGGCGGGGUAUAAAUAAUAAAUUAUUAUUAUUGUUGUUGUUAUUUAUUUCUUACCGUAUUUUUCGCUCCAUAGGCCGCACCGGACCAUAGGGUGCACCUAGUUUUGGGAGGAGGAAAACAAGAAAAAAUUAUUCUGAAUCCCAGAAGCCAGAACAGCAAGAGGGAUCUGGCUUCUGGGAUACCGUGUGGCUGUUCUGGCUUCUGGGACAACCGCGCCAAGCCUCUUCAGGGCAGCGGGAUGAAGGCUCCCCCUGCCUGAAGAGGCUGCGCAGGGCUAAGGCAGAAGCCAGGACAGGCGCGUCACUGAAGGGGCGCUGCCCCUUCAGCGAAGCUGGAGAAGGAACAGAAGGAGACCCUUCUGUUCCUCCUCCGGCUUCCAGGUCAGGUGCGUCGCCGCGAAGCCAAGGAGCCUGCAUUCGCUCCAUAAGACGCACACACAUUUCCCCUUCAUUUUUGGAGGGGAAAAAGUGCGUCCUAUAGAGCGAAAAAUACGGUAUAUUACUAGAUGACUCUUGGUUUCCCAACUCUACAGUUCUCUGAUUUUACGACCUUUAUUAGAACUCGGAUGCAAGGAAGAGAGUUUGGGGAAAGUUUUAGAUUUAGGAAUAUCGGAACCUGCCUCGUACAGUGUCAGGUUCAUUGGUCCAUUUGACUCAAUAUUGUCUACCCAGACUGGCAGCAGCUCUCUGGGGUUUAGAGCAGAGCAGCAUUCCUACCUCUACCUGGAGAUGCUGGAGUGUGUGUGUGUGUGUUGAACCUAGGACCUCUCCAUGCCAAGCAGUCCCUCUACUCCGAGCCUACAGCCCUUAGGACCUUCGUGUACUCUCCGUUGUCCUUCUGCUUGUCCCUCUGUGGUUGCAGCUCCUUGUGUGUGAUUCUCUGUUGCCUCUCCUCCUUUCUUUAGGCCAUUAUAACCGGAGACCUGGACAUCCUCAAGGACUGGUGUUACGAGGCGGUGAGUGUUUGCCCCGGGAGAUGGCGUGGUUGGUCCUGGCGGGGUUCGUGGGUGGUGGCCAUCUUUCCAUCCUGACAUUCAGGAGUGUCCCAAAAAACGUUGCGAGGACAUGAGAGCUCACACAUUGCUCGCACGCUUCCCAAAGGCUCCUGGCUAGCCUCUACAAGAAGGUACCGUAUUUUUCGCUGUAUAAGACGCACCAGACCAUAAGACGCACCUAGUUUUUGGAGGAGGAAAACAAGGAAAAAAAUAUGCCGAAUCCCAGAAGCCAGAACAGCAAGAGGGAUCGCUGCGCAGCGAAAGCAGCUAUCCCUCUUGCUGUUCCGGCUUCUGGGAUAGCUGCGCAGCCUGCAUUCGCUCCAUAAGACGCACACACAUUUCCCCUUACUUUUUAGGAGGGGAAAAGUGAGUCUUAUAGAGCAAAAAAUACGGUAGGUUGCCAGAUUACAUCCAAGGAUGCUCUUUUUAACUUUGUGUGCAUGGGCAGUGGCGUAGCGUGGUGGCGGGCCCCCGGGGCAGUUGCCCCAGGUGCAGAAUUGUCAGGGCGCAAAAAUUCAACACCCGGCGCUGCCUCCAUACAGCUGGGUUCCGUUGAAAACGGCUUCUCCUUUCGAACCAGGGACAAGAACAACUCUUCUUACCUCUGUCAAGGAAUUCUACUCAAUAUUGAUCCAGAGCAGAACUCCGACGUAUAGCUAGCAGAGUAAAACUUAAACCCGUUGUGCAGGAUUCCCAAAAACAGACUAGAGGCAAUUGUAUUUCACCCAGCAGAGUUUUACUGCUACUGAAGGCAAAUAACAACAACAACAACAACAACAACUUAUUAUUUAUACCCCGCCCAUCUGGCUGGGUUUCCCCAGCCACUCUGGGCAGCUUCCACAGAGACCUGUCACACAUUAAAAACUUCCCUGAACGGGGCUGCCUUAAGAUGUCUUCUGAAUGUCAGGUAGUUGUUUAUCUCUUUGACAUCUGAUGGGAGGGCGUUCCACAGGGCGGGCGCCACCACCGAGAAGGCCCUCUGCCUGGUUCUCUGUAGCUUUGCUUCUCACAGUGAGGGAACAGCCAGAAGGCCCUCGGCGCUGGACCUCAGCGUCCAGGCAGAACGAUGGGGGUGGAGACGCUCCUUCAGGUAUACUUGACCGAGGCCCAUAAUGGUCACAAAUCCAAUACAUUCAGGAUUGGCCCUGUCCAUAAGAAAUUGGCCCAGUUGCAGCAGACUUAAACUGACAAUAACUUAUAAUAAGACUGAAACCUUAACACUAAGCAUACUAUGUACAGAACACCACACCAGAAGGAGAAGAGAUAGAAACAGAAAGUGAAGCCCAGUCUCCUUCUGGCCUGACUCUUAUAGUCAGCAUGACCUUGACAGAAGAGGUAACAGAACCGGUUUAAACCAGCUGUAUUCCGCUUCUCUGAAGGAAUAACCCAAACAUCACGAACCUUCUGCUUGUUCCUUUCACACAGAAGCUUCCAGAACCCUCGUGAAUUAAGUAGACUGGGAAAGAUCAGAUCAAUACUUUCUGCACUAAGAAAUGCAGACCGACAACCUCUGCAGCUGUGAUCUGUGUGGCGCAGACGUUGUUAGGCCGUUAAAUGCGCAUGCGUACUCAGUCCAUUUUCCUCCUCCUGUUCAGUCACAGGCACUGGCAGCCCAGGCUACACCACUGCACACAGGUCCCGCUGUCUUCCUGCUCAGUAUGCGAAAAUUCAUAUAUCCGCACACAAGGAAUUAUGCCCAAACUUCACUAUAAACACCGCAAAGUUAAUUUGCUUUCUUCCAUGUUUUUCCUUGCUUGUUUCUGCCCUGCUGCUUGGUGGCACCCAUUUUUGAGCAGAAACAAUGGAAGGAGGGAGCGAGAUCAGAUAAACUGAAAGACCAGGAGAGACCCAGAAAGUUACCGUAUUUUUCGCUCCAUAAGGCACACUCUUCCCCUCUUAAAAAGUAAUGGGAAAUGUGUGUGCGUCUUACGGAGCGAAUGCAGGGGGAGGCAGGCAGGAAAAGCCCCAAGCUCCGUGCGGCUCUUGGGGGCUUUUCCCCAGGAGGGAGAAGGGACUGACGCAGCCACCCAGUCCCUUCUCCCUCCUCGUAGAAAAGCCCGCAGAAGCCGCACGCUCCUUAAAGGCUGUGCGGCUCCUGUGGGCUUUUGCGGGAGGUGGGGGAAUUGCCAUAGCUGCGCGCAGCCUCUCCCGGCUGGAGAGGUUGCGCGCAGCUAAAGAGGAAGCCAAGACAGCCAGCAGGAUGGAUCUUUGCUCUUUGGGGCGGUGGGGGGGGGGGACCCGGGCUUCCCCCUGCAGCCCCGAGAAGCUCUGGGAGAAGCGGACAGGCUUUCCCCCCCUUGAUUUCCCCCUCUAAAAACUAGGUGUGCCUUAUGGAGCGAAAAAUACGGUAGUUUCCCCUGUUGUCACUCUUUUGUUGGUUGGCUGCAGUCAUUACAGGAAGAAACCAUUGAGAAAGGGGGCUGAUCUGGAAAAACCAGCUGCCUCCUUCCGGCCCUGGUGGCUGCUGGGCUGCUGCUGCCUGUUCCACAGUGUUGAAAAGCUGAUAUUGCCCAGCGAUGGGCGAUGGGAGAGACCCAAGUGCGCCGCCUUGAGGUCCUUGAAAGAAAGGGUUAUAUAUAUAAAUUUAAUAAAUAAAUACUAUGGGAAAAACUUCUUUCAGACUUACAGCCAACUGGCACACCCGAUUCAGCAAGCGAAAGUGAUGGGGCUUCAGUUCCACUCCAGGAUUUUGGACGUCGACAAUGUAGACGUGAGUGCCUGCCCCUCUUUCUUGGCCUGGACUGGGACAUCUGGCAGUCAAAGGUCCAGUGUGGUGUAGUGGUUAAGAGCGGUAGUCUCGUAAUCUGGGGAACUGGGUUCGCGUCUCCGCUCCUCCACAUGCAGCUGCUGGGUGACCUUGGGCUAGUCACACUUCUCUGAAGUCUCUCAGCCCCACUCACCUCACAGAGUGUUUGUUGUGGGGGAGGAAGGGAAAGGAGAAUGUUAGCCGCUUUGAGACUCCUUUGAGUAGUGAUAAAGCAGGAUAUCAAGUCCAAACUCUUCUUCUUCUUCUUUCGCUCCCUCCUGUCCAGUGGCAGAGUCUUAAUAGCAGAGCCUGGAGAGGAGGAGAGCUGGAAGAGCGCAAUAGCCUCGCAACUGCCUCAUUAGGACGCUGGUGGCGCUGUGGUCUAAACCACUGAGCCUCUUGGGCUUGCCGAUCCGAAGGUCGGCGGUUCAAAUCCCCGUGACAGGGUGAGCUCCCAUUGCUCUGUCCCAGCUCCUGCCAACCUAGCAGUUUGAAAGCACACUGGCACAAGUAGAUAAAUAGGCACCACUGCAGCGGGAAGGUAAACGGCGUUUCCAUGCCCUCUGGUUUCCGUCCCGUUGCACCAGAACCGGUUUAGUCCUGCUGGCCACAUGACCCAGAAAGCUGUCUGUGGACAAACGCAGGCUCCCUCAGCCUGAAAGCGAGAUGAGCGCCACAACCCCAUAGUCGCCUUUGACUGGACUUAACCGUCCAGAGGUCCUUUUACCUAUUAGGCCAACACCUACUGGGAACAGUUGCUUGCGCUGUCUUGCCUUCUUUGAAUAAAGAGCUAACUUCACUGACGCCAUGGUUUUUUCUUAAUCACUGAACUACACUUGGCGUGGGACGUGGGUAGCGCUGUGGGUUAAACCGCGGAGCCUAGGACUUGCUGAUCAGAAGGUCGGCCGUUCAAAUCCCCGUGAUGGGGUGAGCUCCCAUUGCUCGGUCCCUGCUCCUGCCAACCUAGCAGUUCGAAAGCACCUCAAACUGCAAAUAGAUAAAUAGGUACCACUCUGGCGGGAAGGUAAACGGCGUUUCAGUGCGCUGCUCUGGUUCGCCAGAAGCGGCUUAGUCAUGCUGGGCACAUGACCCGGAAGCUGUACACCGGCUCCCUCGGCCAAUAAAGCGAGAUGAGCGCCGCAACCCCAGAGUCAGCCACGACUGGACCUAAUGGUCAGGGGUCCCUUUACCUUUACCUAUAUUUAGCUAAAUAUGUUAAGAUAACUUAAUUGGAAAAGCUUGCAAAGAAUAGAUAGGCUUAGGAUUUAAAUACGUAAGCAUAAGAUUUAAGAUGUUUAAAGUUACCGUAAAUUAGAAAGAAUGAAAGAUGUUAAGCAAUCAAGUUAAGUUUUUGAGAAAAUCAAUUUUGGAAAACUUAAAAUGAUAUAUAAUGAAAUUCAGCCAAGGGGAUUUGAGGAAGUCACUUAAUAAUGUUACCAAGAUUUAAACAGGAUGUAUGUAUGUAUGUUUGUUUAUGUGUGUGUAUGUUUGUUUGUUUUGAAUUUUUGAAAAUUUAUUUAAAAAAUUGGAAGAAAAAAAAGAGCCUUGCGCUCUAUCGACCGAGCUACCGAGCACCGCUAUGGACUAGUAACUUGAAGUUUUUCUCCGCUUUGCAGCUCGCGAUGGGCAAGAUGAUGGAGCAGGGACCCGUCUUGAUCAUCACUUUCCAAGCUCAGUUAGUCAUGGUGAUCAAAAACCAGAAAGGGGAAGUCGUGGAAGGAGACCCGGUGAGUAAAAUUUCCCUUGCGCACUCAGAUCUUGUUAGCUGCCUUUAUUUAACCUUCUGUUGUAUCCAACCUGCUGGGCUAGGCUAGACAGACCUCUCCUGACAGACGGGUUCCCAAAGCAACUGUGAUUACCGUACUUUUCCAUGUAUAAGGCUAUGUUUUUUGCUUUAAAAAGCAUGCUAAUAAGUGGGGGUCGUCUUAUACAUGGACAGUUCAUAGGGUGGACAUUUGAUUGGCGGCUGUCAGCGGCUAUUGUGCAUGUUAUUGGUUGCUGUGUCAGCGGGUGGUGUUGAUUGGUUGACGCUCCGGCAGUUGGGCGGGCGAUUGGCAACUUCUGUUGGCGAUGGGAGGUGGAUUUUCUGACACAUGCGGGUGAGCGAUUUUUUGCAAUUCCCCGUACGAAAAGUUCAACAACUCUGGGCCAUCUCCCCCCAUUUUCUUAAAUUUGAGUCCCCCAAAAUACUCUUAUACAUGGGUGCGUCUUAUAGACGAAAAGGUACGGUAUUAUCAAAUAGCAGGGUGCUGCCCGUUAGGAUUAUAACCUCUUUACAACCUCAUGUUCCUGCAGCUUAGUUAGAUGAACUUUUGCCUAAAAACAAAGGAAUGAACCGUCAUUUCCAAAUCUUUUUUUUGGGGGGGGGGGAAGGUCACCCCGAAAUCAAUGAACCAGUUUUUGUAUGUGUAACUGUAUUAUGCAAUGUGCAUAGCAUGCGUACAGGAAAAGCAGAGCUUGCAAGUUUUCUAAUACCUGUACGGCGCUUUGCACAUCGUACAUCGCCUAUUAUUGUUUAGAUUAAACCGAGGUGGCGGUUUGUCUUUUGUUUCCGUUGCAUUCGACGCAAUGUUCCCGCCUCACUUGGAUUGCGCAUUCUGCGCGCACCGAUUACUUCUUGGGAAUCCAGAGUAGGAUGGCUCCUGCUUCCGGCGAUUCUCCCAAUACAGGUUUAGGAAGUCUCAGGCAGCUGCAAAAGUUCUAAACAGUUCCAUAAAGUUUUAAAAAAUACUUAUGAGUUAUAUGCAUGGCGAUUCCAGCUUUUCAUUCCGGAGUUCAUUUCAUCCCGAGCUUUUCAUUCCGGUGUGACUUUUUUCACAACUGAGAAGAACUACCGUAUUUUUUGCUCUAUAAGAUGCACUUUUUCCCUUCUAAAAAGUAAGGGGAAAUGUGUGUGUGUGUCUUAUGGAGCGAAUGCAGGCUACGUGGCUAAGCCAGAAGCCAGAACAGGGAGAGGGAGGCUUCACGGGCUGCCCCAGAAGCCAGAACAGUGAGAUGGAGCGCUGCGCAGCGCUCCAUCUCGCUGUUCUAGCUUCAGGGUUAGCGGCGCAAAGCCUCCGCAGGGCAGCAGGGUGCCUUCAUCCUGCUGCCCUCCGGAGGCUUCGCGGGCUGUCCCAGAAGCCUCCACAGGGCACGGGGAUGAAGGCUCCUCGUGCCCUGCGGAGGCUUCGCGCAAAGCUAGACCAGCUAUCCCAGAAGCCAGAACAGCAAGAGGCUAUCCCAGAAGCCAGAUCCCUCUUGCUGUUCUGGCUUCUGGGAUUCAGAAUUCCCCCCCCUUAUUUCCUCCCCCCCAGACUAGGUGCGUCCUAUCAUCUGGUGCGUCUUAUAGAGCGAAAAAUACGGUAGUCCCUUUCCCAGUGUUUCUGAUACAGGAAAUUGUGGGGUGGGGGGGUGGGGGAAGGGAGUCAAAAAGUUAUAACCCUAGUCCCCAUGCCGCGAUGUGAACUGGCCUUAACUCUGAACGUCCCCCCGUUGCAGGAGAAGGUUCUACGGAUGCUUUACGUUUGGGCCCUCUGCAGAGACCCGGACGAGCUCAACCCUUACGCCGCCUGGAGACUGCUGGACAUUUCUGCAUCAAGCACUGAGCAGAUCUUAUGAGCUCGGCGUCUCCUCUGCCCGCCUCUGCCAGAAGACGGGAGCAGCGCUUCUUUCCUCGCACGGAGGCCAGACAGGAGGGCAACUCGGGUGUGGCGCUGCUUUGCCGGGGACGCGGGAGUGCCAACUCCAAGGCCGACAGCGGGGAAAGACAGCGGGGCAUGGGGUGUUUCCUUGACACUGGAGCAGUGUGCCAAACUCUUGUUCUCGGGGAGGACAAGCGAGGAAAGACCCCCGCUUCGGAUUGCGGCGCUAAGGAGUCUGAGGUGCACUUUGCCAAAGCAGCCCGGCUCGAUGUCCCCAUUCCCCCUGCGCUUCGGGCGACAACCUGGCCUUCGCGGUGCCCACCCGGCAGCAGAACCAAAGAGGCGCUCGUUUGCCACGCCACCCUGUUUUUUGCAGGUGGAUGUCAAAGGCCCGAACUACGGUUGCGGAGGAAGGGGAACGGCUCUAUGGGGCAGGGGAAGUUCUUUCAGCUUGGGUUGCUGCUCCGGGGAAUGGAGGGUCCUGUCGUCGUCCCCCCACAGUUGUCCUUCCGCUGCAAGCUUGGCACAUGGAGCAGUUGGGAGGGGGCUACAGCUGUGAGGGGUUGUGACAGCCCUCAGCCCCAAGACACACACACACACACACCCUGCCUGCCCCAAACACUCGGAUUUGGCCUGAUCUGGGCACGUGGUAUCAUGGCAAUAGAUUCUUCUACCACCUCUGUAAAUUAAAUACGUAUAUCCAGC